UUGGGGUCUAUCGCUGCAGCAGAAGGCGGCGGCGGUGCUGCCUGCUUCAUUUAGCAGCGCAACUAGAAACACAAAACAAAAACAAGUUUUGGCCAAACUCACGCCUUUUAAGCCGUCUCUCAGAUAUUAUAUUUUUAACUAACAUAACUGUUGCAGGUUCAGUGGAAACAUUUUUAUUGUAUAAUUUCGUUCAGCCUGUAUUACGAUACAGGCUGUUUAGCAAACAUGCUAGCUUAGCUACUCUGCAGGGCUGAGUUGUGUGUUUUUGUCAGCAGCAUUCAUAGAAAAUAGGAGCUGGCUUUUACCAAAACCGACUGAAUUGGAAGUAAGGUUCCGAAAGGUGAGUAUAAACACACUUUAUAUUUUGUCUUUUAUGUAGUCAGUGAGCCAAUACAGCUAACGCUUCGCUUAAUAGCAGGAAACACAAAUACUGACACUAAUGAGCUGAGUAUUAAAGUUGAGCGACUUCAAAUCCCGGUACUUUUUCAUAUAUAGAAGAUGGUAUAAGAGCUAAAAGCGUGUCUGGAAACUCAGCAGGGUCUCGCCUUAAUAAACAUGAAUCUAUGAUGUGCUGAAAAUAUUAAGAGCUCUAUCAUCUUGUUGUUUAGUGAUCGCAGUGUCUCUAAAGUUAAAAAGAUCAGGCUGAUUUCUGAGCUGGGACCUCUUCUUUAUCUGUCAGGAUGUCGGACUCAGACAGUGACGAAGACCAGGAUCGUCCUUUCUCCAUUACUGGCUUUCUCUUUGGAAACAUCAAUGAAGAUGGUCAGCUGGAGGAUGACAGUGUCCUGGACAAUGUAGGUGUUUUUAAACACAUUUGAUUCAAACAAAUGAAGAGAUAAAACUAAGUACUACAUGUUUCUGCAACUAAGAUGAUCACGAUUUUGUUGUUCAUUAUAGGGGAGAGUGGGGUAGGAUGAGUCAUUUUUCACAUGUCAGAUCUCUACAUCAAGGCAAUCAUAGUUUUGUCUCGAACUAGUGUAUCUGCAUAUAUUUCAAGAUGUUGUGCAUCCUUGCAAAUCAACAGAAUAAGUGUAAACAUAACUGUCUUGAUAGUAUAGCAUGCCAAAAAAGUGGUCUCCUAUGGUCAACUUACCCCAUACACGGGGUAAGUUGACCAUAGGAGCGGGGUAAGUUGAGCUGUAUCCUUAUUGCCCCCCACUCUCCACCCCAGCCCUCCCUCACCUUCUCUCUCCCUAAAUAACCGUCACUUCUUCACAUUCAUGUGUAUUUUUAUUUUAUUUAUUUUUAUUAUACGCUAUUCUACAGGUACAAUCACUCUUUUUAUUAUUAUUAUUGUUGCAUAUACCUGCUAAAAAGCUGUUUUAACAUGAAAAUGUCUUUAAGUGACUCAGAACAUUAUAUUAUUUUUUAGCUAUAUUUUUGAAAAGAAAAAGUAACUUAUUUCAACAAUCUGAACUAAAACUCUGAUCCUCUCAUCAGACUCCUUUACUUUCUCAGUUGAGCCACUGGAUCAACUUACCCCAGAACUACUAUUAUGACUUUAUUAGUCCUCUAAGCUAAAAUGGUGGACUUUUAUGUUGUAGCUCAUAGAUACAACAAUUGAUGUGUAAAACAAAUUUAAAAUGAUCUUUUUCACUCUGAACACAAUUCUAAUAAAACUUAUGACAGAAUAAAUUCACUUUCAAGAGUGAAAAAUGUUGUUUUGGAAAUAAACUCCAACCCCUAAAUAUUUGGUCACAUGAUCAAUUUCUUUUACCAUUUCCAAGCAACAGGGGGUGGCUCAACUUACCCCACUCUCCCCUAUACAAUGUACAAGCAUGGCUGUAUGUUAGACUAAUAUUUUUUCUGGAAAUUAUGUCUUCCAUUGAUAUUUCUGCUGUUUGUUGACACCUAGGAGUCCAAAAAGCAUCUGGCUGGUUUGGGUACUCUGGGUCUGGGUUCACUCAUCACAGAGAUCACUGCAAAUGAUGAAGAGGAUCAAGAAGACAGCAGAGAGUCAGGGACUGGAAGUGGAAAUGUGGAUUCAGACGGUUAGAUUGAAUAUGAAAUGAGCUCUGCAUGAAAAUAACCAGGAACAGAAUGGCUUUUAAAUUUCUGUAUUUUGUUAAUCCAGGCUGGGUGAAAAGUACUGAAGAUGCAGUCGAUUAUUCUGACAUCAGUGAGGUUGCAGAAGAUGAGACGAAGAAGUAUCGUCAGGCUAUGGGGACUUUGCAGCCCUGCAGGAAAACAGGUGAUCAACUUUCAUCUAAAAAAAAAAAGCAAACUUUUCUUUAUUUUUUGUCACCCUCAAAUAAAAACACACCAAUAUUUUUUCCAGGAGGUCAAAACUGAUGUGAACUUGAACAAAAACAGAUAUUUUUUAUUUAAAGUUUUCCGACUUAUACGGCCUCACUCAGGCCCAAAAAUACAAGUGGAUUUGUGUCAACUUUUACCGUGUGUAAUUGAAAAUGGUCAUUAUUCUUUAACAUAGACGAUGAGGACGACUAUGAUGCCGACUGUGAAGACAUCGAUUCAAAACUCAUGCCUCCUCCACCCCCACCAAGUCUCCCUACGGCUGCCAAGAAAGAUGAACCCACAACUCCGAGCGCAAGUGGUACGUAAGAAAACCCCAUGGAGAAAUGUAGCAGAAACUAGAUAAUUAUAUAGAUAUAAACUCAGUAUUGACCCAUGUUAGGUUAAUAUCCCAUCACCUAAAGAUGACGAGUGAUUGUCUCUGCUGCUGUAAUCUGUCAUUGUCUCUCUUGAUGUAGUUGGUGAAGAAGGUGAUGGCAUCAUCCUUCCCUCCAUUAUUGCCCCAUCCUCUACGGGUGAUAAGGUUGACUUCAGCAGCUCCUCGGACUCUGAGUCAGAAACUGACCGGCCCUGCCAAGGUUUGGGAUCUGGAGGCCCCCCAGACCGACUCACCCUUCCUCUUGCUGGCAUCAUGCAGAAAGAUGCUGCUAAAGCUCUACCAAGUGUCACACAACUCUUCCCAGAGUUUAGGCCUGGAAAGGUAGAGCACCUUUGUCUGUCCUUGAUUAAGGUUUUACUUUGCAACUCCAAUUCCAUAAGAGCUGAGACACUGUGUAGGAGCUUAAAGGGAUAUUCCGGCGGAAAAUUAAUUUAGGGCCAAACACACUGUAACAUCGAGACACCCCCUCGAGAGAUGACUGUCGCCGACCGCCUGCUUCUCUAGUUUUACCAACUUUAGUAACGACUGCAAGAUAGUAAUACACAGCGGUAACUUUGCCUGAUUUCUUUAGCAAGGAGAGUAAACACAACUCACCUACUCUCUCCCAGCAGCCGCUUGUUUGUAGUGAGACCUCGGGCCAGUCCAUCACCACCUGCUGCGGGGUGUCGCAGGCUCAAGGGAGAACAUUUAUGAUCAUCCUGUGUGUUUGGCCCUAAAUUAAUUUUACGCCAGAAUAACCCUUCAAUAAAAACAGAAUUUGAUUUUUUGCAAAUCUUUUAGAGCCUAUACUUAAUUAAAAACAGAACAAACACAACAAAUCAGCAUCCCAACUGUUGAGAAUCAGACCUGCUACUACUUCAAAGUGAAGGUUUGUGCUGAUCCCCUCUGUCUCAAAUGUCUAACCAGGUCCUGAGGUUCUUGCGACUGUUCGGCCCUGGAAAGAAUAUGCCUUCAGUUUGGAGGAGCGCUCGCAGAAAGAAGAAGAGGAAGCACAGAGACCCUCAGCCUGGGACCCCUCCUCCUGAGGGAGAGUCCACAGAGCAGAACCAAGAGAAGAAGUCAGGAUGGCUUUAUGAAUUUGCCGCCGCUCCUCCCCCAGAGCAGUGUCUGUCUGAUGAUGAGGUAAAUCUCACAUUGUCAUGGCCAUUAAAGUUUGCAUAUUGACCUGUAGUACCCAGUUAUAUUUCAUUGUCAUAAGCGUUUUUUUUUUUCCUUUGUGGCGUCUAGAUUACCAUGAUGGCUCCGGUCGAAUCAAAGUUCUCACAGACUUGUGGUGACGGGGACAAGGAGGCAGAGUCUCGGCCGAAGGUUGCAGAAUGGAGAUAUGGUCCGGCCCAGCUCUGGUAUGACAUGAUUUGUGUCUCUGAAGAUGGAAGCAACUUUAAUUAUGGAUUCAAGCUAAAAGAUGAGUCAAGUGAGUCUCAGAGAGAUGACACACCCAAAGAAAUAACCGAGACCACACAUGAGGUAUGCCAAUCUGGAAAAUAUGGCCACACACUAAAAAGUUCUGCUUUAUUCAUUACUGAUGUUGUGUCAUGUACUUGUAGUUCCUAAGACAGGAAGUGGAUGGCAGUACUGAUGAUAAUGAUGAGGAUGAAGAAAAGGGCAGACGAACCAUUGAAGACGAGCUCUUCCUGAUGGUUACUCAACUGCAAUGGGAGGAUGAUAUCAUCUGGAAUGGCGAGGAAGUCAAACACAAAGGCACAAAGACCCAGAGAGCUAGCCUGGCAGGAUGGCUCCCCUCGAGCAUGACCCGAAAUGCCAAUGCUUACAACGCACAGCAGGGUAAGACAGCUUUGGAUAUCAACCUUUGCAGCACUCAAAGAUGUGGGUGAUAUUUGUGUGGGUGUGAAAGGAAUGUAAUAAUCUGUUCACAGGUCUGACAAGAAGUAAUUCACAGCUGGUUCCACCGACGCCCCCACCUAUGCCCAAAGCUUCGUCCAUCUCUGGCUCCAAACGGGACAAAAACAGCCACGAUAACCACGGUAAUAUUUUUUUCUUUUUGGUCAAGAUACAAAUGUUAAAAAACACUGCAGCUUUUUGAUCUUACCUAACUUCUCAUAUUUUGUGUUCCCUUUAUUUGUUUUUGUACCUGCGCAGCCUCUCAGGAGGAAGACUCUCCCUGGUUCUCCAUUUUUCCCAUCGACAGUGAGGAGCUGGUUUAUGGACGCUGGGAAGAUAACAUCAUCUGGGAUGACCAGGAGAUGGAUCGCAUGCUGAUGCCACCUGUUCUUACUCUGGAUCCCAAUGAUGAAAAUAUCAUCCUGGGUAAAAUCAAAGUUCCCAUCUCGUUUGGCUCAAUAUAGACCACUGCUUGAUUUUUUCCAAACUGGAUAUACAUUAUUGAAUUGGACUUAAGGCUCUACAGUGCUGUUUAUUUUUACUCAACAGAAAUUGGCAUGUUGCUGUCUUUUGUAGAAAUUCCUAAUGAAAAGGAGGAGAUGACUUCCCAUUCUCCAUCAAAGGAGAACAAGAAGGAAACGGCAAUCAAAAAGAGCCGCAUCCUGCUGGGGAAAACGGGUGUGAUAAAGGAGGAGCCACAGCAGGUACAAAGCCUCACCAGGGCAGACCAGAGCUGAGGUUUAAUCAUUUGAAAUGAUGGAUGCUAAAGGUGUUCAUUGCCAAAGAAGUUUCCUUUUUUUUAAACUGAGGAUGGUGCAGUCGGUCAGUGCGACCAUGACAGGAACUACUGUGUGAGCAGUCAGGAUUUUACCCUCAGGUAAAUUAUUGAAAAUGUUUUAACGUCACUUACAUGACAAAUGUGUUUUAAUUCAACUUAGAACAUGUCGCAGCCUGAAGUGAAGGACCCCUGGAACCUCUCCAAUGAUGAGUUUUACUAUCCAAAACAGCAGGGCCUGAGAGCCACCUUUGGUGGGAACAUCAUCCAGGUGAGACACGAUUAAUGUGGUGGCACAGAGCUGUGACCUUCGAAAUGUUAGCCUGAAACAGUGAAAGAGUAGCGUGUCACGUAAUUUGAUUGUGUAAUUGUUGUGUCUUAAACAGCACUCUAUCCCAGCUCUGGAGCUGAGGCAACCCUUUUUCCCCACUCACAUGGGGCCCAUGAAGCUACGCCAGUUUCACCGUCCUACUCUGAAAAAGUACUCAUUUGGAGCUUUAGCUCAGCCGGGUCCUCAUGCCGUCCAGCCUCUGCUCAAACACAUCAAGAAAAAAGCCAAGGUGCAGCCUCGCUCACAGCAAACACUCUCAGGUUAACCCUGCAGUGAUUAGCUGCAUUACGGGUUUGCUGAAUGUCUUUUUUUAUCCUACUCCUGUAUAGAUGCGAGAGCAGGAGCGUCAGGCAUCCGGGGGAGGAGACAUGUUUUUCAUGAGAACCCCUCAGGACCUGACAGGCAAAGAUGGAGAUCUGAUCCUGGCAGAGUACAGUGAAGAAUAUCCACCGCUUAUCAUGCAAGUGGGCAUGGCUACGAAGAUCAAAAACUACUACAAAAGGGUGAGUCAGGAUUUGCUCUUUACACAUGACUCUGAAAAACCUUUUAAAGUGUAAUCUGUGUAUUUUUUUUUGUUAUUUUAAAUAUUAACUUGCAUUCCAUUGACCAUAAAAGCAGACUGAUUUAAAGCUGAUGUAUAACUAUGGUUUUAGCGUUUAUUCAAUACUGACUAGUUUCUACAUUUUCUAUUUAAUUUGAUGAACCUUGCAGACACCAAAUUGUUUGAUUUAGCUGUUAAAGCUCUUGAUAACAUAUCCACUGUUUUCUUCAGAAACCUGGAAAGGAUCCUGGAGCACCUGACUGUAAAUACGGAGAGACCAUAUACUGCCACACGUCCCCUUUCCUUGGCUCUCUGCAUCCAGGACAGCUUCUCCAGGUCAGGACGAGCACUUUCAACUAUUCAGAGUGGAGGUGUUACACACAGCUCCACUGGGCUGUUAUUUUCGGACAAAAACAACAUAUUUUGUCUUUUUUCCUUUAGGCUUUUGAAAACAACCUUUUCCGUGCUCCGAUCUACGUGCACAAGAUGCCAGAGACAGAUUUCUUAAUCAUACGAACACGACACGGCUACUACAUCAGAGAGCUUGUGGACAUUAUCGUCGUGGGUCAGGAGUGCCCUUUGUUCGAGGUUCCUGGACCAAACUCCAAGCGAGCUAAUACUCACAUCAGAGACUUCCUGCAGGUGUGUUUAGCUGCUUGACAUCCUACAGAACAAAAAGCUGCCGUUCCUGCAGACGCUGAGCUUUACAUCUGCUCUCUUUAGGUGUUCAUUUACCGACUCUUCUGGAAGAGCAAAGAUCGACCUCGCAGAAUCCGCAUGGAGGACAUAAAGAAAGCUUUUCCUUCACACUCAGAGAGCAGCAUCAGGAAACGGCUCAAACUCUGUGCUGACUUCAAACGUACAGGUAGGCCACGAUCAUUCAUUUACCCACUCACCCUCUCUGUCCGUCAUUAAGUGAUCACUUUGUCAGACUAACUUAACGCAGCUGUGUUACAGCAGGCAGUGACAGGGCAGUUUUAGGGUUGUAGAAAGGUCCGUUUCAGACUGUGUGACCUCUGCAGUGUGUGUGACAGAAAGGAGUCUGAGCAGGGUUCUGUGGAUUGUAUUGUCAAUGUCAGAUCUAGAAUAAAGAAAGUUCAAAGACACAUGGGUCAAAUGUUUGAUACUCAUGCACAUCAGCAGUUUGUAAUUUUCUUUUUCCGUUUCUCUUGAACAAGAAGUCUAACAUAAAAUACGUGCAGAGUGAGAAUGCUGCUCCUGUGAUUGAGUUUAAGACGUGUUUACAUGUGCAAAAUUUCUUGAUCUGUUUAAAAUUUGAGGGGUCCGAUAAUCUGAAUCCGCUGUUAACAUGGACGCAAAAUCAAACAAUCCGAUCAUGACGUGUGUAUACAUGCACCAAGCUUUAUUCAGAUUAUUCAGAUUUGGAAAUGUGCAGAGUUGUCUGAUUUCGCUUAAACAACCGCAGAAGAAGAGUUGUAUUUACGCCUGUGCUGUCAACAAACCAACAAACGUGGUAAUGGCUCACUCCAUCCAAUUCAGGAGUUUUCCUCCUGUUAAUUAUUUUAACUAGAUGGCGCCCUUGUGUACUUAUUUGACUGUUCUUUCAAGGAUUGUGCGGUGAGUGCAAAUGUGACAUCAUUGCACUGUAUUCUUGCCUUGUAAUGUUACCGGAGAAGCAGACACAGCACCUGUGGUUGUGUUUUAUGCCAGAGUGUUAAUAAUGAAACCUCCUGAACUGACCUCAAUAAAUAAACCAAAGGCUAAAGAGUGAAGAUUGAGUCAGGAAAGAGAGUCACAAUCAGAAUAAGUGUUUACAUGGACGUGUUUCGUAAUAACAAUCGGCAUAAACCACCGGUCUCGAUUGGAAAACAACUUCUUUCCGAUUGAGCCAAAGUGGAUCAGAAUCUUCCAGUCGAUAUGUUUACAUGAAGCUUUUUUAUUCUGAUUGGGCCUUUACUCUGAUUAUUUGUGCCCAUGUAAACGCAGCUACUGUCUUAAUUUGACGAAUGAGGGGCAGGCUCUGUAAGAUUUUUCUUCUUUCUGCUCCUUUUUAUUCACAUGUUUGAGAUUUCUCCUUGUUUGUAUUGAAUGUUUUAUAUACUAACAGAAUGAAAUAAAGUAUCAACAACAACUUCUUAACAGGGAUGGACUCUAACUGGUGGGUGCUGAAGCCUGACUUCAGAUUGCCAACAGAAGAGGAGAUCAGGGCGAUGGUGUCUCCAGAGCAGUGCUGUUCAUACUAUAGCAUGCAGGUGGCAGAGCAGAGGCUCAAGGUAACAGCUACUGUUUCUCAUUAGAGUCACAUGAUUCAGACUGAUGGGUAAUGUUGCACUAAUACUUAUUUUAAAACCUAUCAAGGAUGCUGGAUACGGUGAGAAAUCCUUCUUUGCUCCAGAUGAGGAGAACGAGGAAGACUUUCAAAUGAAGAUCGAUGAUGAGGUAAUGAUGCAGCUGCUUCUUAUAAAUGGGGUUAACCUCACUUGAGUUGAGAUAAUAAAGAAGUUGAUCUUUGUUGUUCAUCUCCUAGGUACGGACGGCUCCCUGGAACACUACGAGGGCCUUUAUUGCUGCCAUGAAAGGGAAAUGCCUGUUGGAGGUGACAGGUGUGGCAGAUCCCACAGGCUGUGGAGAGGGUUUCUCCUACGUCAAAGUGCCCAACAAGCCGACGCAACAGAAGGUCUGAUUGUCUUCGGUGGAUGUAUGGCACUCCGUUUUCUGCUUAGUUCAAGUGCAGAGGGUGAAAAUUCUUUGUGCUUCUUUUUCUUUAGGACGACAAAGAGCCACAACCCGCCAAGAAAACAGUGACUGGAACAGAUGCUGAUCUGAGGAGGCUCUCACUGAAGAACGCCAAGCAGCUGCUGCGCAAGUUUGGUGUUCCUGAGGAGGAGGUAAGACUGCGGUAACAUGGAAGUAAAUGAAGGAAAGAGACUGUCCUCUAACAAGAUUUCAGGUUUGAUAAAUAGAUGAUUCAUAAUGAUUUAUUUUUAGCCAAAUACUGGCACAUAGUUGAUGAAAAACACAAGAUAUUCACAAGCUGUUUUUUGUGUUGUAGAUCAAGAAGCUUUCUCGUUGGGAGGUGAUUGACGUGGUGAGAACCAUGUCCACGGAGCAGGCUCGUUCAGGCGAAGGACCCAUGAGCAAGUUUGCCCGAGGCUCUCGUUUCUCUGUCGCGGAACAUCAGGAGCGUUACAAGGAAGAGUGCCAGAGGAUCUUUGAUCUGCAGAACAAGUGAGGCUCUUCUUUAGUGUCAAAUCUCCUCGUACAGGACUUUAUGCAAGCACAUCCUAAAUUGUUUUCUUUGUCGUUCACCCACUACAGAGUGUUAGAGUCGACAGAGGUGCUCUCCACAGACACAGACAGCAGCUCAGCAGAAGACAGUGACUUUGAGGAGAUGGGAAAGAACAUCGAGAACAUGCUGCAGAACAAGAAAACAAGCUCACAGCUUUCUCGAGAGAGGGAGGAGCAGGAGCGGAAAGAGCUGCAGAGGAUGCUGAUGGGGGAGGAGAGUGAUCGAGACAAUAAGGGACGUAAAGAGCGUCGAAAAGGCUUAUGUAAGUCUGUGUUUCUGUAAGUACACCAAGGACUUCUCUGCACUGGCUUUUGUCUCUAACUGUGAACUUGAUUUUUUUCUCCUUAGCGAGCUCCUUAUCUACAAGCUCCCACAAGGAUGAUGACACAUCCUCUGUCACCAGCCUAAACUCCUCCGCCACAGGGCGGAGACUUAAGAUCUAUCGCACCUUCAGAGAUGAGGACGGCAAGGAGUACGUCCGCUGUGAGACUGUACGCAAGGCUGCCGUCAUUGACGCCUACACCAGGAUCAGAACCACCAAGGACGAUGAAUUCAUGUGAGUCUCAAACUAGUCAAAGUGCAGGGUUUCAAUUCCUGGGAGUAGUGCAGCUCCAGGUCUGAUUGAUGCAGCUUAACACUAAAAUAAAAAUUCAUAUUUACCCUGUUGUGUCUGAUUACAGAACUACAUUAUUUCUUUAUAAAUGUCAUGCUUGUUGAUGGUUUUCAAACUAGUGAGGGUAACAAACUCUGAUUUUGUGGCUGCAGACGAAAGUUCGCCCUCUUCGACGAGCAGCACAGAGAAGAAAUGAGGAAGGAGCGCCGGCGAAUUCAAGAGCAGCUGAGGAGGCUGAAGAGAAACCAAGAAAAAGACAAGAUCAAGGGACCUCCAGAGAAGAAGGCCAAGAAGGUCAAGGAGAGACCAGACCUCAAGGUAAAAGUAAGCUUGCUGACUCAGUAUUAUACUCUCUAUCCCCUUAACUUUCUUCAGCUCUUCAGUAACCAGCUAAACGCAAGCAUGGCAAAGACGCUUCUACUGACUGAGAUUUUGCACCUAUUUCAAGUGUGGUUCUUUCUGCAUCACUUUCAUACAGAGUACACCGAUUAGUUUUCCCUUCCUUAAUGUUUGCCUCUUUCCGCUAGCUAAAGUGCGGUGCAUGUGGAGCCAUCGGACACAUGAGGACCAACAAGUUCUGCCCGCUAUACUAUCAAACCAACGCCCCUCCUUCCAACCCCGUGGCCAUGACAGAGGAGCAGGAGGAGGAGCUGGAGAAAACCGUAAUUCACAAUGAUAACGAGGAGCUCAUCAAGGUGGAGGGCACCAAGAUUGUGCUGGGCAAACAGCUCAUCGAGAGGUAGCUGAUUGUUUGAAUGAACGCACAAUCUUUGGGUCCUGCUCCCUUUGUUUCUAAAACUUCUUUUCUUCUCCAGGUCUGAUGAGGUGCGUAGAAGGUCUUUGGUGCUCAAGUUCCCCAAGCAGCAGCUCCCGCCAAAGAAGAAGAGACGCGUGGGCAGCGCUGUACACUGUGACUAUCUCAAUGUGAGUUUCUUAGUCUCUAUCUCAAAGUUUUUACUGUUUUUGUGAAGAGUCUCUUUGGCUUCUUAACAUAAUGUUUUUGCUUGCUUUGAUUACUCACAGAAACCACACAAAGCCAUCCACCGGCGGCGUACUGACCCGAUGGUGACUUUGUCGUCUGUGCUUGAGAGCAUCAUCAAUGACAUGAGGGAUCACCCCAAUGUAAGACUGUCAGGGACGCACCCUCCUACUUCAGGGAUGUGUUCAUUUUAUUUUACUGCUGCCUCAUCUUUACUAAAUUUGCUUUUUUCUAUUAAGACAUAUCCGUUCCACACUCCGGUAAAUGCCAAGGUUGUGAAGGACUACUAUAAGAUAAUCACACGGCCCAUGGACCUGCAGACUCUGAGGGAGAACGUACGCAAGCGGAUGUACCCAUCCAGGGAGGAGUUCAGGGAAGCAGUGGAAGUUAUCGUCAAAAACAGCGCGACCUACAACGGUAGAGUGUUUACAAAAAUGUGUUUCACACAGGGCUGGGCGAUAUGGCCUCAAACAAAUAUCACGAUAUUUUGAGCAGUUCACCUCCAUAACGAUAAAUGGAUGAUAACUACUCCACAAGCUGCUCACCCCCUCCCACACUAACUUAGUCUACUCAAUUCGCCGCUCUAGCCGCUACAUCUUUUGAACCGUCCUCCAUCUCCUCACCUGUCUUUCCCUCUUUGUUACGGACUGGAUGGGGUGGAGUCACCUCUCCGACAUAGGAAGGGACAUGAGACCAUAGCCUACCUACACACAUCCAAAACCAACUCUUGUUUAUUUUUUUGACACAGGGCAAAAUGAAGUUGGUUAUUGUCAUAAAUUUCGGUAUCUGUAAAUUUCGGUUUAUCGCCCAGCCCUAGUUUCACCACCUCUUGAAGGUAGACUGAGGCAUUUAGAUUUAAUAGUUUUAAAUGGAUUUGUGUUUUAUUCCCAACAGGGGCAAAACAUCCAAUAACACAGGUUGCGCAGUCCAUGCUGGACCUCUGUGAUAAUAAACUGAAAGAGGUGAGAUGUGAUGUUUUUAUCAUUUUACUGCAGUUACUUUUAUUUCCAACAUAAACUAUUAUUGUCGUGUUUGUUUGUAGAAAGAGGACAGGCUGGUGAGGCUGGAGAAAGCCAUCAACCCCCUGCUGGAUGACGACGAUCAGGUCGCCUUCUCUUUCAUCCUGGACAAUAUCGUUACCCAGAAAAUGAUGGUGGUUCCUGAUGUAAGUUCCUUUUUUUUUUUGUAAUCCUCGUGCAUUUGUUCAUAAUAAUCUGCUCAUUUGCAGGCCAAGUUGUUAAUCCACUUCCUUGAAUUUCCACUUCCUUUACUGUAGUCAUGGCCGUUUCACCACCCUGUCAACAAAAAGUUUGUGCCGGAUUAUUACAAAGUUAUUAUAAACCCCAUGGACUUGGAGAGCAUCCGCAAGGUGAGACUUACAUGAGGAGUCAGCUGUAUGAAAUCAAUUUUUUAUUUAUUAUUUGACAUUGUCAUUUUUAUGUGAUGUUUUUGUUUCUGAUUUGUUUUUCAUUCACAGAACAUUUCCAAACACAAAUACCAGAACAGAGAGGUGUUCCUCUCAGACGUCGGUCUCAUCCACGCCAACAGUAUCAAGUACAAUGGUAAAGGAGUCGACUGCAUUGAUUUCCGAUCCAAAAAGUGUCACAGAGAAAAAGUGAUAAAGCUCAAGAGCUGUUUGCUUGUCUGUCACAGGUCCCGACAGUCCUUACACUAAGACUGCCCUGGAGAUUGUCAACGUGUGCAAGCAAACUCUGUCAGAGGUUUGUUGAUUCUUCACCCUUUAGUUUGCUCGUACGAUGACCGAGGGGAGAUCAUGUUAAUGAGUAUUUAAACAGUUCGUUGGAAUGGACCAGGGGUCAGCCUAUUGUGCUAACAGCUGGAGAGCAAUGUUGGCUACAAUGGAGGGCUUGUAAAAAUGCCUAUUUAUAAUGUAAUGAAAAGCUUUCUAUCUGCUUUUCUUACAAAUGUUAAUUUAGGAAGUAGUUCUGAAGAUAGACCUAACACUUGUUUUUUUUCUUGAACAGUAGUGUUACAGAUUUUAUUGACUUUCCUCACAGCUGAUCAUUCACUCAGAGAGGUUAACAGAUUGGGUUUAUCUUUUAGUUGCCAUAUUGUGUUUUCAUCAGGGUAAACAUGUUUUGUAAGUCUCACUGAUGUUCGCUUUCCUUCAGUACGAUGAGCACUUGACUCAGCUGGAGAAAGACAUCUCCACCGCUAAAGAGGCCGCUCUGGAUGCAGCAGACCUGGAGUGUCUGGACCCAAUGACACCCGGACCGUACACACCACAGGUAGGAGAGCACUGGGAUGAGUUUUGUUUCAUACUUGGAUAUUUGCCUCUCUCAUUCAGACGCUUAUUGUCUGUUUACAGUGCGACACAUUAGGCAGUGUCCACCUCUCUACAUGCAGUAGUCUCCUCUACACCUUGUAGCGCUCCUGCCCCGUGUAUUUCUGCACUAACUUUCCUUUCCAGACUUUCAAUUUUCAUCUGUACACUUUAGCUUCUUCCUCACUGUAGUGUUUCCUUUUUUUCACCCUUGUUAUUCCCUUCACUCUUGCCCUGUCUCUCCCUUUUUGUGUGUGUGUUGUUUUGUGUGGUGUUGUCCAGCCUGCUGAUCUGUUUGACAGUGGGGCUUCAGGGACACUGCCCAGAGAGACCAGCAGCCUUUUCUCUGAGGGACCUCUAGUGGUUGCUCCAGAGAAGAGAGGGGGGCAGGUAUGGAGAGAGACAGAAAUAAGGCUGCGACCAGACCACAUGCCAUCUCUCCCUCAAACUAGCCUUUAAUCACCCAGACUCAUCACAGACUUAUGUUAACGUUGACUCAUUGGAACAUUACAGACCUCACAGUGUGAAGAGAGUUGAUUUAGUUUCUUGCCUCUCCUCCUCACAGACUGAUCUCAGACUUUUAUCUUUUGGUCCCUCAGGGUCGCCACAUGAGGAGACCCGGGGAGGAAGAGUCAGACGUGGACAUUGAAGGCUUUGAGGAGGAUGAUGACGGCAAACCAAAGACUCCUGCUCCUGUAAGCAGAGCAUCUUUACUGAAAGGAUUUAGAAUGGUGCAAGAUCACCACUGCUGUAGAUACACUGAGGGCUAUAUGCGUGCCAGUCCUUAGUGGUGUGGUUUGAUUGGCUAUUGCAGUUAAAGGGAUAUUCCGGCAUAAAAUUAAUUUAGGGUCAAACACACCGUACCACUGAGUUAGACACCCCCUUAAGAGAUGAAUGUUGCCAACCGCUUUAUAUCCAAGUAUUCUUUAUUUUUAGCUGUUGCUCUAUCCUGUCCUGUUUUAAUUUGUAGGCAGAGGAUGCUGAUGGAGAUCUGGAGGACGAUGAUGAUGAUGAGGAGAUGCUGCUGCCACCUCGCAGACGGCUACAUGACCAGGACGAUGAUGAGGAGGACGAUGAUGAAGAUGGACGGUCCAACCGCCCAGCCCAGGCCAGCGUGCUGUACCAAGACUUGCUCAUGUCUGAUGGAGAAGAUGAUGCCAGUGAAGAGGAGGGCGACAACCCGUUCUCCUGUAGGUGUCACAGCAGUACCACAGAUCAGAACUCCACAAACUAUAUGUGUCUUGUUCUGACUCCUCAUCAUGUGUUUCCUGCAGCCAUACACCUGUCAGAGAGCGGCAGCGACUCUGACCGAGAGGUGGACGUACGACCAGCUCCUCCACGGAGAACUCAAGAGACGGCUCGUAUGGGCAUGGAGCAGGAUGAGAGCAUGAUGUCGUAUGAAGGGGACGGGCCUGAUGAGCCUCACAUGGAAGACAGCAAUGUCAGGUAGAGCUGGAUAUGGACAAAGCUAAUUGAUAUAACUGUAAAAAUAACCAUAAUAAAGAAAGCUUUUUUUUCUUUUUUUUUUUCACUGUGUAAACAACAAAUAUUGAAAAGCGACUCCUUAAAAUUAUUUGUUGAGGGUAGAAUUUUUUCUAUAUCCUUCUUGCCUCCAACAAAAGCAGUUGAAGUUUUUGAAACCUUGAAAAUUUUGUCAAAAACUAUUUUAGAAAUAGCUCUUGUUUACUAUUGUGAGCUCUGAAACAUAUAACUCACUUUUUGAAAAACGCUUUUCCUGCUUGAGAAGGCUCUUUGAAUAUCUACUCGUCAGUAUGUGUGAAUAAAUGCACUGAUUCUAUGAGAUUACCUUCUUCAUGUACUGGUCAGUAGAAGUUAGCUGAAGUUGAAAAUGGUAAACUUGUAAGGGCACCAAGUUAGUUUAGGCUUGACUGUUGAGGCCCUGCUAUCAUAGCUACUAAAAAGAGAAGUUUGUGUGAAAUGAAAUCAACCCGCUGCCUGUUGCUAUGCCAACCAUGUCUCAUUUUCCACAUCUCCUUCUGAUCUGCUUGCUUUUCUUCUUCCCUCUCAGUUACGGUAGCUAUGAGGAGACAGAGAGCCGCAGUCAGAUGCAACCAUCUAGCAUGGGAAAUGGGGACUACGGCAUCAGUGAGGAGGAGGAGGAAGAUGAAGAAGAUGAAGCACGGAGGAGAGGUCCAGCUGUGCUCUCCCAGGUUCAGCUCAGUGAAGACGAGGAGAGCGAAGAGUUUAGGUCGAUAGGAGGCGACAGCGACAUGGACUCAGACGGCUAGAGGUGUGCAGAUUUUCAAAUCAAGACGAUCAGUGUUUAUAGAGGCGGAAAAGGAGUUUGCCGUCAGAAUAUAUAAUUUUGUAAAUGAUGUUUAUAGAUUCGUCCUCCACUGUUGUACCUGCAGUAGAGAGCAUUGUAAAUUUAGUUUCCCUUUUUAUGUUGUGUGAAUAUUGUUAACCAUGAUGCUUCUUUGACUUUGAAGUGUGUUCAGAUGUUUUGUACUCUUUUAAAAUUCUUCAUAUCCCACAAUUCUGUUCUUUCUACCCCACCAACAAAAAUAAAAGAAGGAACAAACAUAUUCUGAUCAUGAUAUAGUUCUCCCUUUGCUUAGUCAGUAAAACUCCACAUACACUUACAAUCAAUUCGAGUCAUGCAGUUAAUUUAUCAUUUUUAUUGUGUGAAGUGAAAAGUUAGCAGUAGUUGUAGCAACAUUUCUGAGUAGGUUAAACUUUUAAAAGUCAGUUACAGUAAUCAUGCCAUCUUUUUUUUUUUUGGAACAAUUUUAAACGUCUUCCCUCAAGACUAGAAAAACUGCUAUAGACAAGUUCAGUUUAUUUGUAGAUUGAAGUAAAACGAUACAAACAAAAUCACAAACAGCACUGAUUCAAACACUACAAGGUCAAACAUGAACAGGUUUUCUAUUUGCUUGGCUUUGAUGAAAUUAUUACUUGAACGACACCUCAAAAUCUAAGAAUAUGAACAAGAA